AUGCUGCAGCACCGGCUCGGCCGCGGCGCUUCUCGCGCUCUGUCAGCGUCGACUGCUGCUGGUGCCCGGGAUCUGGCCCGGUGCGCCUCGCCGGCACCUUUAUUGCGACGCUCCUUUGCCUCGAAGCCGCCCAGCAACAACCCGCCACCGCCAUCCUCUUCCUCCUCCUCCACACCUCAGAACAGAAGGCCAGCCGCUGGCCCGCCCGGCGUCGAUGCCGACGGCCGCAGUUUCCGUGGCCAGAUGCUCGAGAGCAUCAGCUCGCGCAUGGCCCGCGAAAAGGCGGAGCGCGAGAAGAUUGCACAGCAGCGCCAGGACACGGCGUCGUCGCGCAACGCGGCCACCACCUUUAUGCUGCUCUUUGUCGGCGCCGCAUGCUACUACCUGGGCACCAAGACGCCCCAGGAGCCCUCACCCGACUCGACGCUGCCGCUGUCGGCCACCCGCGCGCCCCGCCACCGCACGAGCCGCGCCGAGCUCGAGGCCGCGUGGGCCGACUUUGUGGCCAUUGUGGGCGCCGACAACGUGAGCACGGCCGAGGCAGACAUUGCCACGCACUCGGCGUCGGACUGGUCGUCGCACAGCGCACCCGAGGGCACGCCGCACCCGUUCUGUGUUGUGUACCCGAGCAGCACCGAGGAGGUGUCGCGCGUCGUCAAGAUCUGCCACGCGCGCCGCAUCCCGGUGAUUGGGUUCGGCGGCGGCACGUCGCUCGAGGGCAACUUUGCGCCCACGCGCGGCGGCAUCGUCAUUGACUUUUCGCGCCACAUGGAUCGCAUCAUUACCGUGCACAAGGAGGAUCUGGACGCCGUCGUACAGCCGGGUCUGGGCUGGGAGGCGCUGAACGAGGUGCUCGCGGAGCAGGGCCUCCUCUUCCCGCCUGACCCGGGCCCGGGCGCCCAGAUUGGCGGCAUGAUCGGCACGGGCUGCAGCGGCACAAACGCGUACCGCUACGGCACCAUGCGCGACUGGGUGCUGUCGCUGACUGUCGUCCUCGCCGACGGCACCGUGAUCAAGACGCGCCAGCGGCCCCGCAAGAGCUCCGCCGGCUACGACUUGACACGCCUGCUGAUUGGCUCCGAAGGCACGCUGGGCCUGGUCACCGAGGCCACCCUGAAGCUGGCCGUCCGCCCCACGGAGACGUCCGUGGCCGUGGCGGCGUUCCCCGACCUGCGCGCGGCCGCGGCCUGUGCCGCGCGUGUUGUCGGUGAGGGCGUGCCCGUGGCCGCCAUUGAGGUGCUGGACGACGCGCAGAUGAAGUGCAUCAACACGGCCGGCUCGACGUUGCGCCGCUGGGCCGAGGCACCCACGCUCAUGUUCAAGUUUGCCGGCAGCACGGCGCGCGCCGUGCGCGAGCAGAUUGACGCCGUGCAGGCGGCGGCCAAGGCGGCCAACGCCGUGUCGUUUGAUUUCGCCAAGUCGGCCGACGAGCAGGCCGAGCUGUGGAGCGCGCGCAAGGAGGCGCUGUGGAGCGCCAUUGCCACGAAGCAGCCUGGCGAGCGCGUGUGGACGGGCGAUGUGGCCGUGCCCAUCAGCCGGCUGCCGGACGCCAUUGAGGAGGCCCAGGCCGACCUGCGGCGCGUGGGUCUGCGCGGCACGAUUGUGGGCCAUGUGGGCGACGGCAACUUCCACACAAUUGUCCUGUACGCCCCCGAGCAGCGCGCGACGGCCGAGGAGUUUGUGCACCGCAUGGUGAAGCGGGCGAUUGAGCUGGAGGGCACUGUGACGGGCGAGCACGGCGUGGGCCUGGUGAAGCGCGACUACCUGCCACACGAGGUGGGCGAGGAGACCGUGGCGGUGAUGCGCAAGAUGAAGGCGGCGCUGGACCCGCUGUGCCUGCUCAACUGCGACAAGGUUGUGCGCAUGCAGAAGCCCAAGGACGGCGAGAUUGCCGAGUGGUAA